UUCUCCUGUGUCUGGUACGAGUAUCACUGGGUCCCUGGUGCUUUCACGUUGUACCUCGAACUGCCCCCACCGAUGCCCUCAAGAAGGAGACAGAGGCGCCGCCUCGGCGCCAUCCCUCCUCCCCAAGCUGCCCCCUUGCGGCUGUCCACACCCCAGCCCCUUCCUCCUGAUCCCAACUCCUGCCUGCCUCCCCCUCCAUGCAGUAGCAGAACCGUUCAGCCUGAGCCGGCCAAAAAGGAAGACACACCUCAAACUCUGUACAGAAUGAAUGGGUCAGAAGAGACCCCCGAGUCCUAUGACUAUGACCUCAUCAUCAUUGGAGGGGGUUCUGGAGGCCUGGCUGCCGCCAAGGAGGCGGCUAAAUAUGGCAAGAAGAUUAUGGUGCUAGACUUUGUCACUCCGACUCCUCUUGGAAAUAGAUGGGGUCUUGGAGGGACGUGUGUAAAUGUCGGCUGUAUACCCAAGAAACUCAUGCACCAGGCGGCUCUGUUAGGACAGGCCUUACAGGAUUCCCGCAAAUAUGGCUGGCAGGUGGAGGAGCAAGUCAAACAUAAUUGGGAAAGCAUGACAGAAGCGGUCCAGAGUUACAUUGGCUCUCUGAACUGGGGUUACCGGGUUGCCUUACGGGAGAACAAGGUCACCUACGAGAAUGCUUAUGGAGAAUUUGUGGGCCCCCACAAAUUAAGGUAAAAAUCAGCGACCAAUAUAAAGGGCAGAGAAAAAUUCUAUACGGCGGAGAGGUUUCUCCUCGCCACUGGAGAAAGGCCACGCUAUCCGGGCAUCCCGGGAGACAAAGAAUAUUGUAUCAGCAGCGAUGACCUUUUCUCCUUGCCUUACUGCCCGGGAAAGACACUGGUGGUAGGGGCUUCCUACGUAGCUCUCGAAUGUGCUGGGUUCCUGGCGGGCAUCGGUUUGGACGUCACCGUGAUGGUUCGAUCCAUUCUCCUGAGAGGGUUUGACCAAGACAUGGCCAACAAAAUUGGGGACCACAUGGAAGAGCAUGGCAUCAAAUUCAUCAAGCAGUUUGUGCCUGUUAAAGUUGAACAGAUCGAAGAAGGCAUGCCCGGCAGACUGAGGGUGGUGGCUCAGUCCACCGAUGGCCAGGAGACCAUCGAGGGCGAGUACAAUACGGUGUUGCUGGCAAUAGGACGAGAUUCAUGCACAAGAAAAAUUGGCUUGGAAACAGUUGGGGUGAAAAUCAAUGAAAAGACAGGGAAAAUACCUGUCAAUGAUGAGGAACAGACCAGUGUACCUUACAUCUACGCCAUUGGGGAUAUCUUAGAAGGCAAACUGGAACUGACACCUGUUGCGAUCCAGGCGGGCAGACUGUUGGCUCGGCGACUUUACGCCGGUUCUGAUGUAAAGUGUGACUACGACAAUGUGCCUACCACUGUAUUUACCCCCAUGGAAUAUGGGGCUUGUGGCCUCUCUGAAGAAAAAGCCAUUGAGAAGUUUGGAGAAGAAAACAUAGAGGUCUACCAUAGCUACUUUUGGCCACUGGAAUGGACCAUCCCGUCAAGAGAUAACAAUAAAUGCUAUGCCAAAAUCGUCUGCAAUGUCAAAGACAACGAACGUGUUGUGGGUUUCCACGUCCUGGGUCCAAAUGCAGGCGAAGUCACUCAGGGCUUUGCAGCAGCCCUCAAAUGUGGACUGACCAAAGAGCAGCUGGACAGCACAAUUGGGAUCCACCCAGUGUGUGCAGAGGUGUUUACAACGCUAUCUGUGACUAAACGUUCAGGGGGAAACAUCCUCCAGGCAGGUUGCUGAGGUUAAGCCCCGGUGUUGCUGCUGCUGCCUCCGGCGACUCCGGAUAUCAUCACAUUAUUUUAUUUUCUCGGGUAGAGAAAAGCCUUGAGAGAAUCCACCAUCAACUCCCUCCACAUCUCUCCCGAUACCAGAAGGGAGGAGAUACUUGAACCUCGGGACUGAUUCAGACAUCGUGGUGCCCGGAGAAGGCAGUUAGCAAGACACUGGGAAUAUCGCAGCGUACCUGAAACUGAGGUCUAGCGGUGCAUCUAGCAGAUGCGUUAAUGAAGUCACUACCCAAAGCCCUAUCUUGUGGUGGGUGGUGGCCGAAGAGCCGCGGCUUCAGUUUCUUUAAGACUUUUGUUUGGUUUUGUUUUCAAUGAAGAAUGUCCUUCCAGUUACUGUCUCUGAUAAGGCUUUUAAAUGAUCCAGGAGCCCCCCAUGAGGCCCUUAUCCCUUGACGGCAUGGGCAUGCGUGCAUCAGCCAGCUUCCGACAAUGUACACGUGCCCUUCAAAGAGGAGAUGAAGUAGCUUGCUCCUCACUCCAUCUAAGGAUUGAAAUGACCCUUAGCCUUUGCUUUUUCCUAAAUUUCCUUAUCCAGUUGCAGGCACGUGUGUCCUCUCUGGUCCUCUGUCCUCUUCCUCCCCCAAGCAGAUUUCACCACUUUUCAAGAUGGCACUGUUGGUUGGCCCCACCCUUUUUGAGGAGUUGAGCUGACCUCCUGGGCUGGAGAUGUGAACCGCAGUUCCUUCACAAAGCCCAGGGUGGCGCAGGUUCUAGAUCUGGCCGUAAUUCAGUGAAACAGGGUGCUUUCUUCCAGGAAUAGUUACAGCACCCACAUGCGCACUCCAUGGGGGAGGGGGCAUUUUUCAGAACACCUUGUCUUGACCUUUUCCUUGAUCCUUUUGGGCAAGGUGAGAAUGAUAGCCUAAAACCAUCACAACUCCAUUUUCUUGGCAAGUAUCUAUUUAUGGGUCCCCUCUGGAUAGGCCUCACUCAUAGGGAGAUGAGGCAGUCCAUCCAUGCUUGUGACUCCCAUUCUUUUGGGGGAGCAGACCCAUUUCUCUUUUGGUUUCCUCUUUCUCAUUUGCUUUUUUUUUAAGGUAUUAUUCACAUAAUAAAUUAUUUAAUUAUUUUUUUUAAGCCCACGGAUGGAUCUGAAGGAUUUUUGUGUUUCAUAAACAUCAAAUGGUUUUGGCUUCUUUGUUUUGGGGGGAGGAAUGGGGAAGGAGGGUGUUACAGGGUAGAAUCUUAUAUAAGAUUGUUUUUCUCUUAGAUCUUCAGCUUAGGGUAACUAUUUGUGGGAGACAGGAUUGUGUUGAAGAGUGCCUGUCUCCUUGAAGAAGUUUAAUGGAGAGUGGCUGUAAAAUGGGUCUCCAUGACGCAACAUCUAUUUAUAUAUAUAGCUCAAUGUCCACUUCCCAGCCUGUAACUUGUGAUUCAUCUUAGCUGGUGCGUUGAGUAAUUGUUUCAAAGUCCCCAUCCAGGGAGCCUCAGGAAAUACCCUCCUUUGUUUGGCCUUCACACAACAGGGUCCCCAUUCGUCUGCCUCUGUACUCAGCCUAGGGCCUCAUACCUCACGAAUGGGCCUUUAGGUGGAAAAAGGAAAGGUUUCCGGGACAGAAUCAGAAGACAACGGUUCUGCUGUUUUCGAUAAGAUUUCUCUAAAUCUUCCUGUCUCUGGAAUUUGAAAAUGGAGAUGGGCAACAUGGAAGUCAUUGUGUUCUGAACUUAAUCAUGUUCCCAUUCUCUCUCAUUGGCUGAAAAACAAACAAUAUUUUGUGUGUCUAGAAGACCCCUGGUAAAAAAAAAAUCUCAUCUGAAGAGUUGGCCUCAUUUGGUUUCCCCCCCAAUUGGACCCCUUAUCAAAUUAUUUUUUUUGUUGUUGUUUAUGAUAAUUUUGGAAGAAAAAAACUUGAUAAUGUGAAACAUUAAAUAGUAUUUAUAUUCAUCUCGUA